GGGACCCGGGCGCAGCAGCCCAGGCAGAGCCGGGCAGAGGCGGGGAGCAGCUGCUUUGGGGGCGGAGGGUCACGUGAGGCCGCUCGGUGCCGUGGGUGGAGACGGAAAGCGGCGGUGCCGGAGGGUCGGGUUUAACCGUCGCGGGAAGCGCGACCGAUCGCGAUUGCGGAGGGGGCUGAGAUAGUGAAUUCCUGAGAAGACAAUAAUGGAUUGCACAUUAGUUAUUCUCUAAGUGUUUGGAUUCAGCAGUGUGCAGCUUUCUUGCAAAGGCCAAAAAAAGAUGGCAACUCCUUAUGUCCCAGUUCCUAUGCCCAUAGGGAACUCUGCUUCCAGCUUUCCAACCAACAGAAACCAAAGAAGUUCUUCUUUUGGGAGUGUCUCAACAAGCUCAAACUCUUCCAAAGGCCCGUUGGAAGACUCAAAUAUGGGUAACUUGAAACAGACCAGUGUACCUGAUCCAAUGGAUAGCACUUCAUGUGACUGUAGUAGUCCCGUCGUUAGGACUAAAUUUACAGGUACAGAUUCUUCCAUUGAGUAUUCGACUACACCAAGGGAAAGUGAAGAACAAAAUCCUGAAGCAGUGAAUUUGGAAGAUAGACCUUCUACACCUACUAUUCUGGGUUAUGAGGUGAUGGAAGAACGAGCUAAAUUUACUGUUUAUAAAAUACUAGUAAAGAAAACCCCUGAAGAAAGCUGGGUAGUUUUCAGAAGAUACACUGACUUCUCUAGGCUUAAUAAUAAAUUAAGAGAGAUGUUUCCAGGCUUUCGAUUAGCACUUCCACCAAAACGCUGGUUUAAAGAUAAUUACAAUGCUGACUUUUUAGAAGAUAGACAAUUAGGAUUGCAAGCGUUUCUUCAAAAUUUAGUAGCUCACAAGGACAUUGCUCACUGCCUGGCAGUGAGAGAAUUUCUUUGUCUGGACGACCCACCAGGUCCAUUUGAUAGCCUAGAAGAAAGCAGGGCAUUCUGUGAGACUUUAGAAGAGACAAACUACCGUUUUCAGAAAGAAUUACUUGAGAAACAAAAAGAGGUGGAGUCACUGAAGAAGCUGCUCAGUGAGAAGCAACUUCACAUAGACACGCUGGAGAGCAGGAUCAGAGCAUUGUGUUUAGAACCUGAAGAAUCACUGCACUUGUCAGGGACACAAGAUGAACAGAUCCUAAAGGCGGAGUCCUCUGCACUUGAACUUGACCAGGAAGUCUUGGAUGAAGAAUAUAGAGCUCAUGACAAGUCAUGUUUAAGUUUCGGUGAACCUGAAAAUUCGGUAGCAGAGAUAGAAGUAGCAGAAGUGGCAUACAGAGCUGACGAAGACUAAUGCAUCGUAAGCAGUUCCCUCCAUUUCUAUGUUUCAGCUCAUUGAGAGUGCAAAUAUGUAAAAAGGAAAAAAAAACACUGAAGCAUUUACAAAAAACAGCAAGAAUGCACAUGUAUAAAGUUUACAUAAAGAAAAGGUUUUUAAGUUAUUGGAAUAGGAAAUAUAUUCACUGCUGCUUUAAAUUGUCUUUUAUUCAAGCUUUGUAUUUACUACUGUGCAUAAAUUAUUUUGGUGUUUUGCCAAUAUAUUGCUCCAAACUAACGUGUGUUUAAAGUACCAGUUAUAUUAGUCAAGUGGAAAUUCACUGCAUGUUACUAUCUGGCGGACAUGUACUUCUUCGUAUCUCUUGACACGAUAUAUUUUUAGUAAUGGUUUGAAUCAGUGGUAAAGAUGAACUGAGUUUUAAAUAUUAACAUGUCUACCAUCUCUAAAUAAAAAUUGCUUAUUUGGAAUGUUCCUGCUAUUUGAAAGAAGAAAACUUUCUAGUACCAAAGGAAAACGAUUUGAAAGAACUGUAAUAACAUAGGUCAAUGAUAAAAUAGCCUUGAUUUUAAAUGCUAAUUCAUUGAUAUCAAAAUACUAUAAAUGUCCCUGUUUAUUUUCAUUUGUUUUCCACAUAAUCUUCAUCUUAAAUCGCUACCUGUAGAAUCAGUGAGUUUGCCUCUUUCAGAAUGCUACCUCUUUUUGCUAAUCAAGGCAUACUCUUUUGAAAAUAGAUUAUAGAUUCUAAGCAAAUAGGGAGUUAUACAAAAAAAUAAAUAUAAGAAGCCAUAUAUACUGCAAAGUUCCUAACUAUGUUGACUCCUGGCAUUGCAUUUUUAUGUCUGUAUAUGUAAAUAUGUUACUAUACUGUAUUCUGGCUGAUUUUCUUUUUAAUAUAUUUAGCCACGUGAUGCACUUUAUGGUAAUUAAACUUUUUUGUGCCAAGUUUAAUUGGUGAAUUUCUUCAAUUAGUAGAGUUGGGGAAAAGAAUUGUGUAAUGCCAUCACUAUUUCACUUUUUACGAAAGUCUCCUGGGGUCUGUGAGUCAGCUUUAUAUGGAAGGGUUUCCUUCAGCAUUGUGCAAAGUUGUCGAAAGUGCCUUGUUUCAUUUUUAUAGUAGGAAGUUUUGCAUAUUGCUGUUAAUAAACAUUGUAAUCAUGUUAGCAUUUUGAUAUCACGGUUGGUAUAUUGAACUCCGUGUACUUUCCAAAAACUGAGUGAACCUUGCUGGGGAAACAGAAUAACGAGUAUGUCAGUAUCUUGAUAAACAUAUUAAGACGUGGUUAUUUAAAAUUCUACUGAUAUAGAUGAACAGAUCCAGUGCAUAUUGUUAACCUGUGACCUAAAAGGGAGACUGCUUUUUACCAAAGUACCAGAAAUUUUAAAAGUCUUCAUCAAAAUGCACAAGCAUGCUCUUAGAAUAUUUGACACAGAGUGUAUUAGAAAUGUGUUCACUCUGCUGGGAAACAGAAAGAAUAUAACGAACUGCUGUUUAUUUCAAAAUAUUAUUCUAGGCUUUACAAAGGUUUGAAAAGAACAAUCAUUUAAAUUAAUAUCAUUUUUAGUGGAAUGAAACAAGAGAAUCCGUGCUAAAUUCCAGGUAUUACAGUGCUACGUGUCUGUUUUAAAGUGAACCAUACACUUUCAAAAUCUGCCCUUUCAGAAGAUUGUAUUUAAAGUUUUGGACGGGCGAAGAAAAACUCUUGUAAAUUAGGCAAACCACUAUUAUUUAUAUUAGAAUUUACUUUUUUACUUUUAUAAUGCGUUUUAUUCCCAGUAUUGUAUUCAUGUAAUAAAUUAUUUUUUCAGUACAACAGUCGCUGUGUUCUUCAGAUGUUGAAUACCGUUGUCCCCCUCCAGUUCCUACGUCCUCCCUCUCCCUUGCGGUGGUUGUAAAUGUAGUUACAGCAGUUAUAACCGCUGCAUUUCACAGAUGUGGAAUGAGUUGUUACGUAAACACUUUAUAUUACUGAUCAUUCUAAGUCUUUGGCAAUAGGUGCGAUGCACUUCGUAUGUAACCAAUAUUAAUAAAAAAAAAAAAUGAACGUAACUGAAACAGGAAACUCUUUUGUGGGAAAUCUUUUAACCUUUUAAAAAUGAAGUUUAUGUGUGGGUAGUCCAACCAUAAAACUUAGCCUUUUAAAAUGUGUUUUAUGUGUUUACUGUACUGACAUUAGCCAUUUAAAGCACACUUAGUUAGGAAACUGUGUUCCCGAGAUAAAUCAUCUACGCUGUCUGCUUCAGCUGUCCGACAGUCCAAGGGAACAGUGGCCUUAGGUCUAAGAAUAAUUUGUCUGGUUUUGAAAUGGAUUUUGUAAUUUAUAGAGACAGACGAGUUUUGGGAUUAUGUUACAACAGGUUUGUAUUCCCAAUUAGGAAAUAGGAGAAUCUAAACUUUAUCUUCUGGGAGGUUUUCAAAGAGCUAUACAUUCGAUCCACAUUUUGACUCUUCCUAGAAUUACCUUUCCUGCAUCGCACUUUCCUUCUAUGCUGUUGGCUUCGAUUAGCAAAAACAAUCACCAAACCUUGUAUUUUCGAUAUAUGUGUUCUUAAGGCUGGUGGCCACUACAUCACACGGCGUACGUACCCUUUCUGAGGACUUACAGAAGAAAAUUCUCUUAGGUCUCGGUUCCGGAAAAACCUGUGCUUUUCCUAAACCGUUAUUGAUUUUUUUUUUUUUUUAAAUCUUAAAGACUCUGUUACUGUCUUUCUCUUUGU